AGGCAUUUCCGGGCGUAUUUCCGGUUCUGUCCGGAGCUCGCCUCGCUCAGACUUUGCUCCCCGCCUCACGCACCCUUCUCUCCGUGCUCACAGGAGACCGUUUCCUUUCUCCGGUUUAACGGACUACUACACAAUGGCAGAACAGGAGCCCACCCCAGAGCAGCUGGCAGCCAUCGCAGCAGAGAACGAGGACGAAACCUCGGUCAACUACAAGCCUCCGGCCCCUAAGAGCAUCCAGGAGAUCCAACAGCUGGACGCUGAAGACGAGAGUCUGCGCAAGUACAAGGAGGCGCUGCUAGGGGGCACUCCCGAGGUGGCAGAAGAUCCAAAUCUGUCAAAUGUCCAGGUGACGCGGAUGACCCUGAUGUGUGAGUCAGCCCCAAAACCACUGUUCCUUGACCUUGAAGGAGAUUUGGAUAAAUUUAAGAAGAAUCCAAUUGUCUUGAAAGAAGGAGUGGAGUACAGGGUAAAGAUCACCUUCAAGGUGAACAAAGACAUAGUGUCCGGACUCAGGUACAACCAGCAGACAUUCAGGAAAGGAGUGAAAGUGGACAAGUCAGACUACAUGGUGGGCAGCUACGGGCCCCGGCCAAAGGAAGCCUACGAGUUCAUCACACCCCUGGAGGAGGCCCCCAAGGGCAUGAUCGCCCGCGGCAACUACACCAUCAAGUCCAAGUUCACUGAUGACGACAAGCACGACCACCUCUCCUGGGAGUGGUGCCUCGCCAUCAAAAAGGACUGGGAAGAUUGAUCUGCUAGUUUCUUUUUCAAAUUUCAAUGUUUUUUUUUUUUCCCUCGCUGUCACUCCAUCAUUCCUCUACCAAGCCAUUUCUGGAUUGUGUUCCAUUUCUAAUGUUGCCUUCUCCGUCCAUCUACAUACGGCAGCGGACAGGGAUUCCAAAUUGUGUUCAAAUGAUGAGAAUUCCGAAUUUUUAUCUUGUUUUGUGUAGUUUUGAUGAUUUUUUUUAUUGGAUUUGUUUCAAGACAUUUCUGACUGAUUUAAUUUUUUUAAUAUAAUUCUAAUUUCAAGCAAAAAAUUAUGUCUUAAUGUAAGGUAAACUAAUUAAUGUAAGUCUAAUAUCACUCAGUGGACCUCCUAAUUAAGCUUGAAAGUUGAAGACACUUUUUUAAAAAUUGGUCUUAAAAUGUCAUGAAACAAGUAUGAAUUUUUAGAUCUGGUAAUUGUCCAAAAUUCUCAAAUCUGGAUAUUAAUUCUGAAUUCAAGUCAUUUUAACUCUAGUAGCCCUUCAGUUUUUACAUUGCGCAUAUGAGCUCUUUCCAACCCCCAACCUCUUGAAAACAGUUAAAAUUCUCAACAAAACAAAAUGGAGAAGCAAUUUUAACAAUCCAGAAUUUGUGGUUUGUUUUGAAAAAAAAAAUUUAAAUAAAAAUUCAAAAAAAAAAUCUACUAAUGAACAAUUCCUUUUGCCGCCCUUAGCGCUUAUCCCUUUACCCCUCCAUGCUGCUUCUACUGUAUUUCCAUAUAUUUUUAAAAAUUGUUACCAUGAUCUGCCUUAUUAAAAGAAAAGUAUUGUACAGGAAGUCGUAACUGUGCGUGACCACUGUACGGUCGCUAGGCAAUCUUUGUUGGACACAGCCCUCGGUUUUUUUUUUUUGUCUUUCAGCAGACGUAUACGAUAGUUUUGCAAAUCACUGACUCCUAUGGUCCGCUGAAGCGACACAUUACCUCUUUAAUCAGUCUGAUCAGGGUAUUUGAUAUUCUUAAACCAGCUAUGUGGCCUUUACAGGGAACUCCUAGACAACUAUAGCUGAGCCUCUUUUUAUAUUCACACAAAUCUGGAUGUUGUCUUUGCGUUUGAUCCUUGUAUUGUGCUGUAUACGAGUAUGAUUACGUUUAAAGAUGCACCACGGAACAUUUUCUGGUGGGCGGACACGAGCUGUUCAUCCCUUUUUAGAUGUUAUUGCUUUAAAUCUUCCACAGUAUGACAUUAAAUCUUAAAAAAUAUCUUGCCUUUAUUCAAUUACGCCGUGAUUAACAUCGUGACGGGGCUCGCCGCGCCGCAGAUCAGCUUGUAACUCGACCCCGUUGCAACACUUUUUUUUAUCUGCGUGGAGAUAUUUAAUGCCGUACUGUGGGACUUUCCAAGCAAAGCGGUGACAUCGCUACGCUCACGCCAGAAAAGCUCCGCAGCGCAACUUUAAACAGGUUCAGAAAUCAUGUAAACCUCGUCAGGAAUGAACAGUUAAUAAAUAACUAAAAAUGAUUCAUAUAUAUAUAUUUUUUUUAGCUUCUCUUUGACUGUGCCUUCUGCUGCUGCUGUCGACUGUACCAGCGUGUUCUGUUGUAAGAAAUGCUGCGUAGGAUUUGUAAAAAAGAAACGAGAGGCGCGUAUUAGUGUUUAAUCAUGCAGUUUCCAGAUGGUAUAGCACGUGUUUUUAUAUGGCCUACACUCCAGGGAAAGUGAACAAAAGGAGCACGUGUCUUGGGCGGAUGUCUCUCGGGCUGGGUUUGACUCUGUGUGCUAAUUGUAUUCUCGACAGUUUACUGAUUUCCUGUAUUCACAAUAAAGUGUUCAAACUAG